UCCUGGCCCUGAAGAACUGAGCGCCCAGAGUCCCCGUGGGCUUUUGUGGGGCAGGCCGGAAAGCUGGCUUGCAGGGCAUGUUGGGCAGCUGUGGAGCCGAGGAAGGGGCUGGCCGAGGAAGAGGGCAGACGGGCAGGGCUGCCUCCCCACACUCCCUUCCAGCCCAGGGAUUCCUUGGCUGGGUUCGAAAAGAGGCCAGAAGGGGUGGACCCACACCUGGCCUUUCCACGGAGGCUUAAUCCUCUCGUGGAACUUCUUUUGAGGCCCUGGCGAGGUUGUUCCAAAGUGUAACCGUGCCUGCCUUCCUGCAGUCUCUCUCUCUCUCUCUCUUUGGGGGAAGCUAGAAAAACAGCCCACGGCAAUUUUUCUCUUUUGGGUAAGGCCUGCUUUUUACUCACUCAGCAUGGCCAGAAACAGCAUAAAGAUGUGGUAUGUAAGACCACAGGCUGCAGUAUAAGACAAGGAUGGGGCCUGUGCAUGCUGUAAACAUGUGCCGCGUUCAAAGAUUUGGAAACAUUUUGCUGGCGUGACUGCAGCCUGGGUUUGCCAAGUGUUGGUGCAGUGCCCUCCGCUACCAUGGCUCGUCGGUCCCAGAGCUCAUCGCAGGGUGACAACCCACUGGAUCCGAACUACCUCCCUCCCCACUACAAGGAGUAUUACCGCCUGGCCCUGGAUGCGCUAGCCGAGGAGGGUGAAGAGAGCUACCACCGCUUCCUGUCUGAAGAGGGAGCGCCCGACUUCCUCUGCCCUGCGGAGGUUCAGCACAUCACACAGCAUCUCCAGAAACCUCAGUAUGCCAGCCAGGAGGGUGGCAGUGGCGGGGGUGAGGGCGGGGGCAGCACAGACUCCGGGCCCCACGAUACAGAGAUGGAGGGCUCCUCAGGAACUUAUUGGCCCAUGAACUCCGACCUUGCCGUCCCAGAACUGGACCUGGGCUGGCCAAUGGUCUUUGGGUUUCGAGGGACAGAGGUGACGACGCUGGUGCAGCCCCCGCCCCCGGACAACCCUAGCAUUAAGGAGGAGGCCCGUCGGAUGAUCCGUGCUGCACAGCAGGUGGUUGCCAUUGUGAUGGACAUUUUCACUGAUGUGGACCUCCUGAGCGAGGUGCUGGAUGCCGCCGCUCGCAGAGUUCCUGUCUACAUCCUGCUGGACGAGAUGCAUGCCCAGCUCUUCCUAGACAUGGCUGACAAGUGCAGGGUCAACCUCAACUACAUGGAAUUUCUGCGCGUGCGGACUGUCUCUGGCCCCACCUACUACUGCCGCACGGGGAUGUCUUUCAAAGGGCAUGUGAAGGAGAAGUUUCUUUUGGUGGAUUGCAUGGUGGUCCUAAGUGGCAGCUACAGCUUCAUGUGGUCUUUCGAAAAGAUUCACCGAAGUAUAGCUCACAUCUUCCAGGGGGAGUUGGUGGCCAGCUUUGACGAGGAGUUCCGAAUUCUGUUUGCUCAGUCAGACCCACUGGUGCCUCCAGCUAAUGUCUUGGUCAGGACAGAGACCGCCCCGGGGCCCUACGGCAUGGCACCCUUUGGCCACAACAUGCCUCUCUUCCCAAGGAAGCCUCCCCCCCUGCUGUUCCCGCGGGAAGAGAACCUCUUCUCGCCCUUUGUGGACAGAGUCGAUCCAGACAGAUACUUCCUGUCAUCUUUCCGAAGAGAUGAUAUGCUGCGUCACACCUUGGAAGGCCCAGGAAUGCGGAUGUAUUCUAAGAAAGUGGAGAUGGAGAAUGCCCAGAUGGACCCCAUCCGGGGCUACCUCCGUUCCAAGCAGCUGGAGAUGGACUCGUUCAAAAGGCACAGCUUUGCUGAAGGAACCUUUGAGAACUUCUCCUCCUCUAAACAGUUUUCUAGGCAGAUGUUCAUGAAUAAUCUGGAUGAAUUUAAAAUCCAGUCCAGCCAUUUUCAGAAGGACCAAUUUUACCAGUAUCAGUUUGAACACCCCCAUGGUGCCAGUAGGCCUCAGGGGCUGUUUGAAAGAAUACGAGGAGGUAGACCGGGAUUCAAUGAACUGGAGGAUUAUGCAGAUGGGUUCAGGUGUCCAGAACUGGAAUCCAAUUUUGCCCAUGAAGGCUACCCGCUGCGGCUGGAUUACGUGCCCUCUAAUUCUUCAAAGGAAGUACGGCAUGGUUCUGACCAUAUGAAUCCCGGAGGGAAUGGCCUUCUAGGUCUGCCGUCUCAAAGGAGGCAAAACAUGGGGCAAAAGUUCAUGUGCCAGACCUCCCCUACACAGAAGCAGAGUCUGGAACAAAGGCUUUUUCUGCAGGACCAAGAAAAGGAUGUUGACCAAGACAAGAAAGGGCAAGAAAAUAGGGCAGGUCUGCGUAAAUGGAGAAUCUCUUCCUACCUGAGUGGGUAUCAGUCUGAGGCAGGCGAGGAAAGCUUUGCAGUACCAAUGGAAUCCGAGACUUACAACGAGGUGCUUAAUCCCACAGAGCCCUUCAACAGGCAUCCAAAUGACCUCCUCCCCACUUUCAGAUCCCCACUGCCACUCACAAGUGCCAAAGACAUUGCUGGAGCUGAGAGAUUGGCUGAGGAAACCCCUGGAGGGAAGCAGGAUCCCUUCAGGAGCAGGAUCAAUCCCCUGAUCCAGAGGACCUCCCGGCUGAGGUCUUCCUUGAUCUUCAGUGCUGCCAAAUUAGACCAGCAAAAUACGUCCACGGAAAAAAUGCAGGUGGUGCAAAAAGAGCAGACUGCCAGUGAGACGACAAAAGACAAUGAAACUAUAAAGACAACCAUGGCCUCCAAAGUGGCUGAGUUGCUGGAGAAGUACAAGACUGUGGGCAAAGAUAUGGAAAGCACCACCGUCAGCCAGACUAAAGCGAUGGCUGCUUUUCUCCAAGAGGAAUCCCAGGACACAGAGAAGAAGUGUACUAAAUCAGUUCAGUACAAGAUUCUAGAGAGUCGGGUGCUGGACUCCAAAGACUCUUUCAGUAAUUAUAAGCUGCACACAGAGUCAGAGGGCCAAUUUGGAGCCUCCACCUCAGCUGGCCAGCUCUCUGAUGGGCUUAGCAAAGAUCCCAUAGCACAGGUUAGCAGUCAAAUGGACAAGUUGUCUUCCCGGUUCUAUCCAGUAGAGAACAAGCCCGGUCUUUUGGAGAAGGAGAGCCUUGUGUUUGUUGGAGAAACUCAGAAACCUGCUGUCCCAGAAAGGAAGGACAAACUGCCAUUCAAAGGGGAUGCAAACAAUCUGUCUGAAACAGAAUUCAAGAAGCCAAGACCAGUGCAGAUGGGCAACACAUUUGCGCCAGAAAUUUCCUCCAAGACCCCUGACUCCGACAUCUCUCUCAGCAGGCCAGAGGAAGAAGGCUAUAAGCAGGAGCAGAGCUCAAAAGAGUUUUUUAGGAAGGGAUCGCUAAGGAUAAAGCAGUUUUUGAGCCCAAAAAGUGAAAAGAAACCAGACGAAGAAACUGUCUCUGAGAUCUGGAAGCCUGAUAAGCAGAACAUGGGUGGCCUCAAACGACUGUCCAAGAGUGACUUCCAAGAGACUGUGGAGGAGGAGAAACCCCCCAAGCUGACCCCAUCAGCUCCUCCUGCCCUCAAAGGAAGUCAGGUUCCUCCGUCUCGGUUUCCUACGUCUACAGCCAAUGUUCUGUACAGCAGCAACCUCCGUGAUGACACAAAGGUAAUUUUGGAGCAAAUUUCUGCCAACAGCCAGAAGAACCGAGCAGAGCUGGCCAGGCAGCUUCCAGUUGCAAGCAACCCUGAGCUUUCCAAGUCCACCACGAGCUUGGACCACAAAGGUGAAGACCGAAACACAGGGAUCAGCAGGUCAGAGAGCUUUGGCAACCACAAACGAACCCUCCACAGGGAGCCUCCUGAGGACAGAGACUCCCUUCUGAAAAGGAUGGAAAGCAUGAGGAAGGAGAAGCGAGUCUAUAGCCGGUUUGAGGUCUUCUGCAAAAAAGAUGAACAAGGUGAAGAGGAAGGUGACCUAGAUGCCAAAGACAAGAAGAUGGGGAAGUUCAUGCCCAAACUUUUGGGCACAUUCAAAACCAAAAAGUGACUGUUCUGUUGCUGCCGAAGUCCACCAGUCCCGUCCACAGCUAUUCUGCAUGGGACAAUGCAAAGCCCUGCUCUCAGGACAAGUGGGGGUUGGGUUUGGGGUGGGGUAGGGAAAGUGCUGGCCACUUAAACUAUUACUAGAAGGCUAUCUAGAGCAAUCAGGUAUAGCACUGUGAGUAUCAUGUACUUGUGGGGGGUUGGGAAAACCAAGCAUGAGUCUCGUGACAUCUGGCAAAGCAGUCUUUUGUGAGUAAAGUGGAAAACUGGCCUCAGCCAAUCCAUUCGGAGCCCAGGACCACUGCAGACCUGCCUUUAGGUUAAGCACCAUCCACUCCUGCCUAGGAUGCCUGCUGCGUUUGAAGACCUGCCUCAGGCAUUGCUCAGUGUAGUAGAGUUACACCCAGCCCAUUGGCGCAGCUGCCACAGUCACAGACUCUUUAGAUUUUGAUGAUACUCCAUUCCAAUCAGACCUUUUUCUUUGGGACUGUUUUUGCUCUGUGCAAGGAUGAUGGGUGGGAACCGGCACCAAAGGUAUCAGGCAUUAGUGGGUUCCUUCAAGGGCUGGAAAUUAGGCUUGCCCGUUGGGAGUUGCAGGCCUCACUCACUAUGGUAGCAGGUAUCUUGAUGCAGUGCUGAGAUAAAAGCUCUCGGGGCUGGAAGAGGGACGUACUGAGCACAAUGAGGGCAGGAAAAGGAGGUGGCUGGCAGCUUCUUCAGCUGGCAACUGAAGUAAAGGCAGAACAUUGAAAGACAGGGAAGGGGAAGCUCAUGUUUCGUCCAAGGAUUUGCCUGGUACAAGUUUGUUACAGAGGUGCCAAACCAUGUGUGGAUGACACAGCUUCAGGUUGCAGGGAGGGCUUUUGUCCAGCAGGGUGGGGGGUGCAGGCGGCAAAGCAGGUGACGCGUUUUAGUCAUUGGUGGGUAGACAGGGAGCAGCAUUCCACCCCACUGGCUUUGGAGUUGCUGCUGAAGUAGGGGAGAGCCAGAAGUAUUCUCAGAAAAUUGUGUCUCGAUUGUGGGAGAGGAAGGAACUGGAACCAAACCUUGCAUCACUCUCUCCCACUUCCGGUUGGAAGAUGAUGUUGUAACUCUUUGUAGGUAGAAAGCAAAGUUGUGCAUGCUUGUGGAUGGCUGAAGGAAGGGCUGCAGACAUAACUAAAGUAAGACGCUGGCCUGGCAUCUGCUUCUCAUCUGAACUUCUAUCUUCCCUCUGGGUGCUACCGUGAAGGGGCUGUCAGAAAACUUUCUCUGUUUCUUCUUGGCACAUUAGGGAAAGAGAGAGAGAGAGAGAGAGAGAGAGACAGCAUGUGGAGGAAAUAGCAGCAAGGAGGUCUUUGGCACCUAAAAGACUUAGCAGGUUCACUGUAUCCUGAACUAUCAUCAUGUCCACUAUUGACAUCAUCAGAUGCAUGUAGUAGUGUCUAGAAUUUCAGAUAUAUAUUCUGAAGGUCAGAAUGCCAGUCAACACCUGUGGUGUGACAAGAAUGCAUUGUCGCAUUUGAAAUAAUAAAUGCGAACUAAUAAAUAAUUUAAAAAUCCCAUUAUCCUGAUACACAUCUUUGACAUUAGACUGGAACUUCCUUGUGAAUUGCAGUUUGGUAGUCUCUUGCUGUCAUUGCCUGUUGGGGCUUUCUUUCUCCCCCAUGGCCCCCGAAGGUCAGUGAUGGAGCGUCUUGUGCAGCAAAAGUUUUCUCUAGCUGCCUUCUUGACCAUUGCUGCUCAUGAUGUUAGAUGCAUGCCAUGCAGAAGGCGGAAGGAAGGGCCUGCCUUUCAGAAGGGAGCACCUGAGACUUUGGGAGACGAGUGAGCAGAUGAACGCUGGGUGACUUCAUUGGGUCUUCUCUUGGGACUGCAGAGUAGGUGCGAGGUUUCUUGCUGUGCCUGGUCCAUGGGAUUGUGCCCUUGCUGUGUGACUUGGGGUCCCAUUACUGCCUCUUGUCAGGAGCUUGGCAUAAGCAGGGGCAGACCUCACACCAGCAGCCAGGCCAGGAAGAGGGCAGCGCCCUUCUCCAGAACGGGCUGUUGUUCAUUAGGAGACCUCUGGGUAGAGCCAGGAACCAUGGAUAACAACGGGCAGAGCGCUGUCGCCUUCCUGUCUUGGUCUGUCCGGAAGUGCAUUGUGUCUGGGUUCUUCUUCUGCUUUGCAGGUUCCCCUGCAGUAUUGUAGUCUGGGGAAUGUGUGCCGUCCGUCUGCAGAGACGAGAUGGCUUCGUGGGGCUUGGCAGUAUGGAGGGGCUCCUGUGCCGUAUUCUUGGUGGAUGUGGAAACAUGCAAGUACAUGUUGCAGGGGUUCCUGUCUGUGAAUGCAGAUGGGAUCUCCUCAGUGUAUCUGAGGAAGAGGAAAGCUUGGUUUGGGGGUGGGGGAGUUGUUCCGGCAUGCUGUGAAAAACAGUUGCCCUCCUGCAGUGCUGUGUGAGCCCCCACAGCAUGGCCGUUGAUCUAAAGAAAGGCAUUCUCAUCCAGUGGGGUUUGGGGUGGGGGAGCUUGGUGGUUCGAGAUUCUGGAACUUCACCCAGGAUAAGACUCUUGGUGGCCUGCCGUCUGUCUCCGGGAGGGGGCAUCUCCCCCCCCCAGGUGGCCGGUCAGGUGGACUUUCCUCGGGGACUGUCAGGGGACUACCGUUUCCUUGGGAACUGAGCAGCAUACUAUACACAGCAUAGCAUCUUGGUGGCAUAUGACAUGAAAACCAAAUCUUUGAAUAUCUUGGUAAUACAUUAAGAAUCUUUGGAAAUGGACUACUGUCCAUAAAAAUUCAUUCAGUAAUAAACUUUUAAAGUUUUAUGACAUCAGACUCUUUCAUGGUUUUGUAGCAACAGGCAUGCAGCUUACUCUUAGAAAGAAAUACGAAUAUGGAAAGGAACACAGGCACAGAAAUUUGUACGUAAACCACUACUAAUAUUUUAUGGCUUAGGAGGGUUGAGGUAGCAAUAGUGGAUACUAGAAACUGUUUCUUCCUGGCAACUGCCAGGAAAGGAAGGGGCUUUGAACUGGUUUAAUUGUCAUGCACACAUCCUCACGUGUAGAAAGUGCACUUUGCUCGUUUUCUGGCCUAAUGCAGCAAGCUACUACUAAGCUCAGUGCCAGGCUUGAUUUCAAGUUACAGUAUAAAAAGUCACCAGCUCAAAGGCCACAAAGCUCCUAUUAAAAUAUAACAGUUAGUCUUUAAGGUGCCACAAUGUUUUCGUCUUUAUUUUAUUGUUGUUGUUUUUGCCUGGUAUUAAAAAGGAUUCUCCAGAUCUGUUGUAGGGCGCAAGUACCAGCGACUCCACAACAGAACAAAUCUUUGCCUUCAUUAGGUCAGAAGGUAACAAGUGUGUGGGCAGCUACUGCUGGGGAUCUGAGGGAAGGAGGGAAAAGGCCCGUUGCCUUCAUCUGCCACUUUCAGACUCCUUGGACCUCCACUCGUGGCAACUACUAUGGGGGGCGGCCUGCUCUCCUGUUCUUCUCAGCCCCACUGUCUGGUGGUUUAGAUUGCAGAUAAGAGAGCAAAGAGAAAGGUCAGUGCCCAGAAAUUGAGAAAGAAGUCUAGGAAUGCAGGGAAGAAGCUGAAGUCCAACUUACAGCUGACAUGGUGUGGCAAGGAGAGGGCACUGAGCUACAACGCAGCUACUGGGGCUCACUCAACAUCUCCAACACCGUUCACUCCAUCUCCACCCCUUCACCAAACCCUGUCCCCAAAACACCAAUCUGACACUUGCAAAUCAGAUUUCCCCCUCAAACGAGUGGCUUUACAUUCUGUGACUGGAAUAAACUAUGCAAAUGA